AUGGCGGUCGGCAUGGUGGUCGGCACGGCGGUUGGCACCCAGGAUGUUGAACAGCGGUUCGGCACAGCGGUCGGCACCGCGGUCUGCGCCCUGGUUAUUGAACGGCGGUCGGCACCCUGCAUAUUCAACGGCGCGGUCGGCACGGCGGUCUACGCCAUAUCGAACGGCGGUCGGUACGGCGGUCGCACGGCGGUCGGCACGGCGGUUGGUACCCAGGAUAUUGAACAACGGUUCGGUACGGCGGUCGGCACGGCGGUCUGCGCCCUGGAUAUCGAACUGCGGUCGGCAUAG